CUGAGAGCUGACGUGAGCUCGUUGUGAGGAAGUAGAAUUAUCUGUAUUAUCGAAAAGAGGAGGGAGGGCAGUUAUCGUUUCUCUAAGCUGAGGGGGUGUGUGUUUGUGAGACAACGCGCGCGUGUGUGUGCAUAUGUUUGUGUGCAUAUGUGUGUAUGCAAGCAAGCAAGCUGGCGGAAUUCAAUAUGGCAUCCGGAGAAACGCUGUAUAUUGAAGCAGACGGCUCGGAGAUGCCGGCUGAAAUAGUGGAACUUCACGAAAUAGAAGUGGAGACGAUUCCGGUGGAAACGAUCGAGACUACUGUGGUCGGAGGUGAUGAUGAUGAUGAAGAUGAAGAAGAAGAAGAUGAUGAUGAACACCAGCCUAUGAUCGCGCUGCAGCCGCUUGUAACAGACGACCCGAAUCAGGUCCAUCAUCAGGAGGUGAUUCUGGUGCAGACCCGAGAGGAGGUGGUCGGUGGGGACGAGUCGGAUCUACGGACAGAUGAUGGGUUUGAGGACCAGAUCCUUAUACCGGUUCCUGCUCCCGGGACAGAUGAGGACUACAUCGGACAGACUCUGGUCACGGUAGCAGGGAAGAGCUCCAUGGGCCGAAUGAAGAAAGGAGGAAGCGGUGGGAAGAAAGCGGGUAAAAAGACGUACCUGAGCACUAACGAAGCCACCGGGAGGAAAUGGGAGCAAAAACAGGUGCAGAUAAAAACUCUAGAAGGAGAAUUCUCCGUGACGAUGUGGGCGUCGGAUGAUAAAAAGGACAUUGACCAUGAAACAGUGGUGGAGGAGCAGAUUAUUGGGGAGAAUUCUCCUCCAGAUUACUCUGAAUACAUGACUGGAAAAAAGCUUCCUCCCGGUGGUAUCCCGGGCAUUGACCUCUCUGACCCCAAACAGCUUGCAGAAUUUGCCAGUAACAAUAGCGGCUCUUUGGGUCGCACCUCAGCACGAAUGAAACCACGAAAGGUCAAAGAGGACGAUGCACCCAGAACGAUAGCCUGUCCCCACAAAGGAUGCACUAAGAUGUUCAGGGAUAACUCCGCAAUGAGGAAGCACCUCCACACCCACGGACCCCGGGUUCAUGUGUGCGCAGAGUGUGGGAAAGCCUUUGUAGAGAGUUCAAAACUAAAGCGCCACCAGCUUGUUCACACCGGAGAAAAACCUUUCCAGAUUGAUUUAAUCACAGGGAUGCUGGUGCACUUUCGAGGGCUGCGGCAAACGCUUCUCCCUGGACUUUAACCUCCGCACACAUGUACGAAUUCACACCGGAGACCGCCCAUACGUCUGUCCUUUUGAUGGCUGCAAUAAAAAAUUUGCUCAGUCUACCAAUCUCAAGUCACACAUUCUAACGCAUGCAAAAGCCAAAAAUAACCAAUGAACAGCUCUGUACUGCAUUUUUCCUUUUACUCCUGAACCCAGCCUCAACGUGACAGCAUCUUAAAACACUGGAGGUGUGAACUGUCCCCUUCUGUAGUUCUCCUAAGGAGUGCAGAAAUGAUGACUAAAAGGACUUGGGGUUUAAUUAUGACGUAUUGUAAAGGACACAAAGUGAAACAUUGGUAACCCCUGUAUUCUUGAAUCAGCCCACUUAAGCGUGUGGCCCUUACCGAGGAGCAGAGCACGGCCGUGUCCGGCCCAGCUGCCCAUCCCACGUUGUGAUGGCUUACUGCAGCCAGCAGAAUGAUGGAACUCAUGGACACUCAUCUGUAGACAUUACUUUUUACCACAGUAAGGAACAAGAACAUUUUGGCUCCAUUUCUUUUCACUAUUAUAUCAGUUUCAUCAGUCUGCAUAGAUAUAGCUUUUAAUUUUGUAUUUUUCCAAGUGUGCAUAUUGUACACUUAUUUUCUGGAAUGUACUUAGUAAUGCAACCUUGUGAUUAUUCUUUAUCCCUGAAGACUUAAGGAUUUGCUUAGGGCGUGUUCUUGAAAGGGUUGACUAUAGUUACUGUAAGACAAUACUUCAAAAGUAUUUUAUGUAAAAAGAUAUCUUUUUUUUUUUUUUUGCUUCAUUUCUGUUUGGUUGUAAUCUAACCAUUGAAUAAUCUUGUACACGUGUAUUGUAUGGCUGUGUGAUGAUCAUGUAGAAAUGGACAGUGUGAUUUCAAGUGUUUACUGUUUAUAGCAUUCGGUCAUCAAUUGCUUUUUCUUUUGUCACAUUGUCUCACAUGGCAAAGAAACAUUAAUUCACUUUUUAACCCAUAUAUUGACCCAUGUUUCACAAUAAACCACAACAUGAGAGUUUGUUUUCCUUUGUUUGUAAUGUAUUGUAAAGGCCUAAAUCAUGGAAUAUUCUUUGUUAAUAAUUACAUUGUCAUGUAUUUCAGUCUACAAUUAAAACUCAAAUGCCUCAA